GUCCGUAGACAUUUGGUCUCAAGCCAGUGAACACAUCGCAACGACUGGGAAAAUUCGGGGCAGAGUCUGGCAGCAAUGGGCGCAGCUCGUGUGUGUCUCAUUGUCUUAGCUGCUGGUAGGGUCGCUACUGUGUCCGCCACGUUCUGUCAGUCAAUGCUAUACACUGACUCUUUCGUCUGUGAUGACGGAAGCGACGUCGGCUCCAAUGGAUGUUGCGCGAGCACGGACUCUUGUCCAAGUAGUUGUAUGUCGUGGGGCACGGGCUGGGGCAGUGGCGGCAAAACGUGCACAUGCAAUGAUUGCAACUACGGUUUCAAAUUGACGAGUUUGACAGAGGACGACAGGUUCUUGAAGGCUCACAAUUAUUUCCGGUGCCGGCAUGGGCAGAAUUUGUUGGCCUGGGACAGCACCACUGCUGCAAGUGCAGCAACAUGGUCUGACACGUGUCCGAGCCAGGGCAGCAAUAGUGCGCACAUCCGGCCAGAUGGCACGAGCGCAUACGAUUUGGACCCAUCGUGUGGCGAGAACGUCGCUGCUGGCUAUCAGUCAAUUGAGGCUGCGGUCGAGGCGUGGUACAGCGAGAUCACCAACCCAGGCUACACGCCAGGCACCGCGAACCAGCCGCCUUCAGGCACGGGGCACUACACGGCUUUGAUCUGGGCGGCUACGACGAAGCUCGGCUGCGCGGUGAAUGCGUGCGCGAGUGGUAGUCCGGCUCCCGUCUACGUCUGCCACUACUCGGAAGCUGCGCCCAAUUUUGGCUUCGACUCCGACUAUUUUGACAAUGUGCCGCAAAGCAACACCGAAACGGCCACCGAAGAUUAUUGUUGCACGGCAGUCUACGGCAGCGAUGGCGAUGAUCCUGAUCCUUCUGCGUCGUUCGCGACAGCAAGUGUUGCACCAUGGUUCAUGUUGUGGUUCUGUGUGGCCUCCAUUUCUCGGUCCUGAGAGCACGACUAGCUUGUUUUGAUUCCGAGGUGUGCAAGGUCAUCUGCCUCCAUGUCCCUAGCUCCUUCAUUUAUGCGUUUUGUGCCACGAGCCAAUCUUUGAAGUCAUAUUAUCAGCAUUUUCGGGGGGGGGGGGGGGGGGCGAUCUCCGAGACCUUAAUGGUUUGUUGGGCCCCCCCAUGCAAUGAUUAGUUACCGCAUGUAGCGCUGUUGCAGCGGCUGCGUGAUUGCACUUGCCCCAUUGACUGUGCGGAGCAGGUGCUGACACAUUGCUCCGCGAACUGCGAUGUAUACAGGGCAUGUUUAACCGCGAUGCGAUGACAAGGUUGCCGCAGGCCAGAACGUGUCUCCUUAUUUGCUUCUGCCGUUGGGCUUAGCAUGGCUGGUGAAGCGCGCGCUCACUUCUCUCACAGAUCCUCUUCGCUGCCGCAGCAAACCUCCGGGGCCAGCAGCCGGCCGCGGGCACUCGCCCGCCCGCCUCGCCCGCAGCGCCCUGCUCCCUGCGGCCUCUCCCAGCGGACCUCGCGCCGCCACGGGGCCCUGGGGCACACGCCCGACAUAACCCUGGCGCGGCUCGGGCGCCGCCACCGCGCUCCGGCAGCUGCUGCCCGGUGGGUGCCCCUGGAGAUCCGUCGCUCCGAAAAGGCUGGAGCGGCCAGCUUUGGGCCGCGCUCCGACGCUCCGAUUGCCAAGACAGGAUCGCGUCGUAAAACAAGCAGGAC